CACAUCUAAUAAAUAGAAUAAAGUGUAUAAUAAGGAGAAUGAAAAAGGGUAUAAGAUUAUAUUAUUCUCAGUUUCGAACCCAACUUUUGUAUUUCAAAGCAAAUUCCCACAAAAUACUCGUAAAAUGAUAAAAAUUGGGUGCAGUUGCAGAAGCAUCAACAAUGGCGUCCAAGGGUUGUACUCCUACCUGCCUGGUUUCUGGCGGCUUCCAUUGUUGUACUCAACAUCAACCAAGGAAGGUAACCCUUCUCUCUCUUCUACUUUGCCCACUUUAUUGGUCAGUUCUCUGGGCUUUUCUCCCCAACAAUCUCACUCUACUUCCGCUAAGCUCGCAGUGGAGCGGCAAGCUGUAGGGGCGACGAGGGUGAGUGAAUUUGAUACUGUUGAAAACGCUGAUUCUGUAAUACAAUUCUUUAAACAACUUGGGUUUCAACAAUCUGAUAUUAGGAAAAUUGUUUGUCGAUUUCCACGGAUUUUAGUUGCUAGGGUUGAGAAAACCCUAAAUCCCAGAAUUAAGCUUCUUAAUGACUUUGGUAUUUCUGGGUCUAAUCUAGUUCAAACCAUUGUUAUAAACCCAUCAAUUUUAAACACACAGUUUGGUCCUGCAAUUCAUGCUUUUAGGACUGUUCUGGGUAGUGAUGAUAAUUUAAGUACUAUUCUCAAGCGAUGCAAUGGAAUCUAUUUUGGAAUCUCUGCUAAGUCUUUGAUUCCCAAUAUUGAAUUGUUGCAAAAUUAUUGCAGCAUUCCUAUUGACAAAAUCCGGAAAGAGAUUUGUCGUCAGCCUAAACCUUAUUUAUUGAGGACUGAUUUGUUUCAAGAUAACUUGACUCGGGUUGAAAAAAUUGGGAUUUCUCGAGACUCUUCAAUGUUCAACUAUGGCCUCCAAUUGAUAAGUGGCUUAAGUGAUAAGAGAAUUGAGGAUAAGUGCGAAAUAUUUAAGAGCUUUGGAUGGACUCAAUCUGAUGUUAAUAAAUUGAUCAGACGAAAUCCUAUGUGCUUGACAGCGGCUGAGGCAAAGAUCAAGGCAAGAUUGGAUUUUUUGAUGAACCAGCUGGGUUUUAAGCCUGACUUUAUGGUAUCCAAUAUUUGUUUAUUCACUUGUAGCAUUGAGAAGAGGUUAUUGCCUAGGCAUAGAGUCUUACAGGUUUUGAAGGAAAAAGGUCUUAUACAAAUGAAUUACUCUCUUCCAAGUGCUGCCAUCUUGAAUGAGUCUGUGUUCUUGAAAAGGCUUGUUCUUCUAUUUGAGGAAGUCAAUGAAGUUUAUGCUCAGCUGACAAGCUCUACAGUAGGGACGCUUAAUGUGGUAACAUUUAAAAGCCAAUCUUAAAGGUGUCAUCAAAUUCUAGUGCUGCUGUAUGUUAGUGAGUGCAUAUGGCAUCAGGCAAUGAUAACCUUGUCAUUUUCAUCAGAAUAACUUUCAAUCUUCUCGCAAUAUCGUUUCCUUGUCCUGAGUAGCCUUCAUAUCUGUUGGAAAUGAACUAGGAAAGGCUGUAAACCAUUGGUUUCAUUGCAAUGCCAUUUUUUGUUGUUUUGCAAUGAGUAGAAGUUAAGUGUAAUGUAUGCUUUAUUGCUUUAAAUUAAAAGCUUGAUUAGAGAUUUUUUCUGUAAGGUUUGGACUUAGGAACUCCAAGCAACGGGUUCUAAGUAUAAACAACAGAUAAUUAUUAUGGUUUGUGGACUGUGAUUCUUGA